AUGAUUAUAAGGAAAACACUUACACGUAGAAGCGUUCGACAACAUCAGGCAAAGCAAUCGGAGAAGAGAUCACGCGAUGUCGAGUUGCCGGCGCAAUCCCAGCAGAUUCAAAGCGAGCUGCACUCUGAUUCGAAUCCGAUAUUUAGUGCUCAUCUGCCGGCAGAUGGCAGCACUGUAGAUCAGCGUUGCACACCGCAAGACAAGUGGGUUGAAAGCUCGUUUAACGUGUCUGUUAGUACGAGUGAUGAAAGCAAAGCAUGCAAACGGAGGCGAAGAUCAUCUCUCGCUAGUCUCUCGCAAAAGCCAUGCGCGGCGACAUCUGUCGAGAAAGAAAGGGGCAGUUCCGCCAAGCCAAGCCUGAACUUGCCACCCGCAAAAAACGAGGCAAUUGCCGACUCAGCAGUUCACGAUAAUUCUAGCUUCUACGAGGACGAUUCGGUUCUGGCGAUGAUCGAUCUUUGCGAGGCGGAGUAUGUUCGCCAGUCGGCUUCCGUUAGCACAGACGGGGUCGCUGCCUCGUCGAGCAACGCUAGCGCAGGUAACGAUGUAGUCACGCCGCCUAAAGGCAGAUGUUUAGAAUCUAGUCUACACGCGUCUAACGAGGGACCGUCCGUGCCAGAGACGGCGAUCGCGGGCAGGAAAACACAAGCAGAAUCGUCGGAAUCUCCAACGCGAGCCGUCGUCGCCGGCGAACCGGGUCGCGAUGCCAACAAUGAAACGAGGGCCGCCGUUUCCGCGGCGAUGUCGAUGCAGACUCGGAUACGGCGCGCGCUGCAGCAGAACGCGAGCGUGUCAACAACCCCGGAGAUGCUCCGGGCGAAGAAGCUGCGAGACACGACUCUGCGACGGGAGAUCGACGACGCGCCGCCAUUGCCGCCGCCGGAAUCGCCGAGCGCCGCCGCCGCUGCCGACGACUUCUUCGGCCUGCCCGCAAAGGUCAAGGUGCUGCUGGAGAAGGUUCGCGGGAUCAAGGAGCUGUUUCCGUGGCAACGCGAGUGCCUGAAUCUGCCGGCGGUGCGGCGCGGCGGCAACCUCGUCUACUCGCUGCCGACGAGCGGCGGAAAGACACUCGUGGCCGAGAUCCUCGUGCUGCGGCAGCUGCUGCUGCGGCGCAGGAACGCCGCGCUCGUGCUGCCCUACGUCUCCAUCGUGACGGAGAAGGUGCAGGCGCUGUCGCCGUUCGCCGACGCGCUGGGCUUCCUCGUCGAGGAGUACGCGGGAAGCCGCGGCGCGUUCCCGCCCGUCGCGCGCCGCCGCCGCAACUCGGUGUACGUGUGCACGAUCGAGAAGGCGCACGCGCUCACGAACAGCCUCGUCGAGACCGGCCGUCUCGACUCGCUCGGCCUCGUCGUCGUCGACGAGCUGCACAUGAUCGGCGACGGCGGCCGCCGCGGCGCCACCCUCGAGGCGAUGCUCGCGAAGCUGAUGUUCGUCGCCGGCGGCGACGGGAACCGCGGCGACGACGGCGUUCAGAUCGUCGGCAUGAGCGCGACGCUGCGCAACGUCGACGAGCUCGCGGCGUUUCUCGACGCCGAGCUGUUCACGAGCGACUUCCGGCCCGUGGCGCUCACCGAGUACCUCAAGGUCGGAGCGGACGUGUACGAGAUCGACCAGCGCGCGGCGAGCGCGGAGGAUCGGCUGACGCACCGGCGCGUCGUCGUGGCGACCAAGGCGCCGGCGGGGGGACCGCGGCGGCGCGACGACGACGACCCCGACCAUCUGCUGACACUCGCGCUAGAGGUGAUCCCCGCGCACUCGUGCCUCGUGUUCUGCUCGACGAAGAAGAACUGCGAGAACGUCGCGAUGAACCUCUGCCGGCGGAUGGACGCGUCUCUGCGGGAGGUUCGCGCGCGUGACCGGCGCGCGCUGCGUGGCGCGCUCGCGCUGGAGGGCGAGGGCCAAGCGUGCCCCAUUCUGCGCUACACGAUGCAGUACGGCGUCGCCUACCACCACGGCGGCCUGACCGUGGACGAGCGGCGGCUCAUCGAGGCCGCCUACCUCGACGGCGCCCUCUGCCUGCUCGCGUGCACGUCGACGCUCGCCGCCGGCGUCAACCUGCCGGCGCGGCGCGUGAUCCUGCGUGCGCCGUACGUCGGCCGCGAGCUCAUCACGCGCAGCCAGUACAAGCAGAUGGUGGGGCGCGCGGGCCGCGCCGGCAUCGACAGCGCGGGCGAGAGCGUGCUCGUCGUGCAGCCGGGCGACCGCGCGCGCGUCGUCGCCGCCGUCGUCGGCGGCGCGUACGAGACGUGCCGCAGCAGCCUGCCGCACGACGACGGCGGCGGCAUCGAGAGCCUCGCGCUGUCCUGCGUGGGGCUCGGCGUCGCCGGCAGCCGGGAGCGCCUGCGCGCGCUCAUGCGGCGCACGCUGCUCGCGCGGCAGUCGCCGCGACCCGACGCGGAGGUCGCAACGCGCGUCGACGUCGCGCUCGCGUCGCUCGUCGAACGCGGACUCGUGCGGGAGGACGGCGGCGGCGCGCUGGCGGCGACGCGGCUCGGCCGCGCCGCGUUCAAGGGCCCGGUGAACCACGCGCUUGCGCGCACGCUCUACGACGACCUGCGGCGCGCGCAGGGAGCGCUGCACCUCGCCUCGCACCUGCACCUGCUCUACCUCGUCACGCCGUACGAACAGGCCGACGCCGUGCGCGUCGACUGGAUGACCUACCUCGACGCGCUCUCGCGGCUCGACGCCGACGAGACGCGCGCCGCCGCCGCCGUCGGCGUCACCGAGGGAUACGUCGCGCGGCGCAUCGCCGGCGGCGGCGGCGGCGGCGGACCUUCCUCCGCCGACGCCGCGGCAGUCGCGCGGCGGUUCUACGUGACGCUGAUGCUGCUCGCGCUGUGGAAGCGAGCGACGGUGUGGGAGGUGGCGCAGCGCUUCUCGUGCUCGCGCGGGUUUGCGCAGGGCCUGCACGCGGCCGCUGCAGGCUUUGCCGCCUGCGCGUCGUACUUCGCCGGCGAGCUCGCCGAGCUGUGGCCGUACCCGCGCCUGCUCGCCGAUGUCGCCGCGCGGCUCUCGUCCUGCACCAGCCCCGAGCUCGCCCCGCUCACCGAGAUCGCGGGCGUGCGCGCCUCCCGCGCGCGGGCGCUGCACGCGGCCGGGUUCCGCGCGCCGGCCGACGUCGCCGCGGCGCGACCCGACGACCUCGCGCGCCGCGUCGCCGGCGUCGCACGCAAGCAGGCCGCGACGCUCAUCGCGUCGGCGCGCAUCGUCGUCACGGCAACGGCCGACGCGCUGCGGGAGCAGGCGGACGAGCUGCUGCGGGCGAGUCGCGCGCAGACUCCCGUCGCCGCGAGCGACGACCGGAACGUGGGGGAGGACGUCACCGGGGGCGACGACCACGCGGCGGCGGGGCGCGGAGGCGGGGGCAGCGAACCGUGGGGCAGUGAGGUGUCGGUGCCUGCGAUGGACAGUGAGAGUCAGACCUCUGCACUUGGUAGCGUCUGCGAUUACCCCAGCUGA